AUGACCGCCACCGACGACGACCAGCACGACCAGCACGACCAGCACCACCACCUCCACCUCCACCACCACCACGACCACUCCCACGACCAGCACCACGCCCCCGCCCACCUCGACCCCUCCGCCCUCGGCACCAAAGCCUACUGGGACGCGUGCUACGAGCGCGAAAUCGCCAACCACGCCGAGCGGCCCCACGACGAAGGCACCGUCUGGUUCGCCGACGCGGGCGCCGAGGAGCGCACGCUCGCGCACCUCGACCGCCUCGCCGACGACUGGCGCCUCGUCAAGGGCGACGACGGCGGGUUCGAAGAGGAAAACAGUGCCGACGCCGCGCGCGACUGCACCAGCUUCUGCGACUUGGGCACGGGGAACGGGCACCUCUUGUUCGCGCUGAGGGACGAGGGGUGGAGGGGUAGGAUGGUGGGCGUGGAUUAUAGCGCGUUGAGCGUGGAGUUGGCGAGGAGGAUUGCGGUGGAGAGGGCGAGGGCGGAGGGUGGGGAUGGGGAUGGGGAUGGGGAUGGAGGGGAAGACGGGGGGAAGGUGGCGGCGGCGGCGGCGGAUGUAAGGUUUGAGGUGUGGGAUAUUUUGGGGGAGGAGCCGGGGGCCGAGUGGCUGCAGGGCGGGUUCGACGUCGUGCUGGACAAGGGCACGUUCGAUGCCAUCAGCCUGAGCGCCGAAACGGAUGCGCAGGGCAGGCGUGUCUUCGAGAGCUACAGGGAGAAGGUUGAGCCGCUGAUCAAGCCGGGCGGGUUGCUGCUGGUCACGAGCUGCAAUUGGACGGCCGACGAGCUGAAGGCUUGGUUCGUGGUGGAGGGGGGCUUGCUGGAGUACGAGGAUAAGAUCAAGUAUCCCAGCUUCACCUUUGGCGGCAGGACGGGCUCCAAGGUGUGCACCCUGUGCUUUAAGAAGAAGAGUGAUGCCUCGGCAUGA